UCCCAUAAGAAAAGAGGGAAAGAAAUCGAUACUCCGAUUCCGAUCGAGAGAGAGGCAAGUGGAGCAGCUGCUGUACGGAACGAGGUCGGAUGGAAGGACGAAAUGCCCCAAGAAUCGAACACCGCAAGGAGGAAUCACUUCCUCCAAUCUCUGUGAGUCUUUCAUCGCAACUCGUUUGAGUUCGGCGAGACCCGAGGAGGAGAAAGAAAAAUCGUAAGUUGCGGCAGAAAUUUUUCAAAAAUCGAACAAGCAAGGAGGAAACACUUGUUCCUUUCGAUCUCCGUGAAUCUUCCAUCGCAACACGUUCGAAUCCGGUGGAGACUCGCGGAGAAUAGAGGAAAGCCUGUAGGGUUUUGGUUUCCGUUCGGCCAAGUUUGGGUUCUUCUUUGCCACAUACCACUUCGCCAUCUGAGAGAGAUCUUGAUGUUGAGUAUUCCAAGUUGCGGAUUUGCUUGCCAGAUUUUUAGGAUCCGCGAUACCUUCUGAUAAUUCCUACGUUACGCGAUCCGAAGGACGAAAACGAGCAAUGAUGAGACCUGUAGAUGAAAAGGAAAGUUUUGCAAUGGAGGUGGAGACAAUUGUCGAUUCAUCAGUGUCCUCAGUGAAGAGAUACCCUCCUGAGAUGCCUCAUAAUGGUCCUCUUUCAAGUGUUGCCUAUUCGUGGAUCCUCUGGAGAAUACUAAAAAGAUUAUCCAAAAGCAUUAAAGUUGUUAUAUUUGGCACAAAAAUUAACAUUCUACUACCUUUUGGACCUCUUUCAAUUGUUCUCCAUUUUCUUACUGAAAAUCAUGGACUAGUUUUCUUCUUCAGUUUGAUAGGUAUUACUCCUUUGGCCGAGCGUUUGGGAUAUGCAACAGAGCAGCUUGCUGCAUACACUGGUCAAACAGUUGGAGGAUUGCUAAAUGCUACUUUUGGGAAUGCAACAGAAAUGAUAAUAGCUAUAUAUGCAUUAAAAAAUGGAAUGAUUCGUGUUGUUCAACAAUCAUUGCUGGGCUCUAUAUUAUCAAAUAUGCUACUAGUUUUAGGUUGUGCCUUUUUCGCGGGAGGGGUAGUCCAUUCCAAAAAAGAUCAAAUCUUUAACAAGGCUGGUGCUGUCGUGAACUCGGGAUUGUUGUUGAUGGCUGUUAUGGGUUUAAUGUUUCCUGCAGUCCUCCACUUUACACAUUCUGAGGUGCAAUAUGGCAAGUCAGAGGUUGCCCUUUCAAGGUUUAGCAGUUGUGUCAUGCUUAUAGCUUAUGCAAGCUACCUUGUUUUUCAACUCAAGAGUCAUAGGAAUCUCUACCAUCCAAUUGAAGAUGAAGAGGGGCUCAAUGAGGCUGAUUUGGAUCAAGAUGAGCCUCCAGAAUUAAGCCAAUGGGAAGCAAUAUCAUGGCUAGCAAUUUUGACUCUUUGGAUCUCCAUUCUGUCUGAAUACCUUGUUGAUGCCAUAGAGGGAGCUUCAGAUGCGUUGAACCUGCCAAUGGCCUUUAUCAGUGUCAUUUUGCUCCCAAUUGUUGGGAAUGCUGCUGAGCACGCUAGUGCAAUUAUGUUUGCCAUGAAAAAUAAGCUUGAUAUCACUUUGGGGGUUGCAAUCGGAUCAUCUACUCAGAUAUCCAUGUUUGUGAUUCCGUUCUCUGUGGUUGUUGGUUGGCUCAUGAAGCAGCAAAUGGACUUAAAUUUUCAGUUAUUUGAGACAGCAACUCUCUUUAUAACAGUGUUGGUUGUGGCGUUCAUGCUUCAGGAUGGCACUGCAAACUAUUUCAAGGGUUUAAUGUUGAUACUCUGCUACUUCAUUGUCGCUGCAAGUUUCUACUUCCACACUGAUCCUGAAGAAAAAGACGAUUGAUUGACUGGAAGGACCAUGCCAGUACUCGUUUUGAAAAGGACCAACUGAUUGUAUUACUGACGACUUAGGUGCUGCGUCAUUUCCCUGAGGAGUUGAAGGCAUGAUGGAAGUGUGAUUAUUUGAGAGCUCAACCGCUAUGAAUUAGAAUCAGUGAACUGCUAUGGUUUAUUCCAGUGCCAUAGUUCUCUUGCAUAAGUUUAAAGGAGGCAGGAAGCCCUUUUAAGACAUCAUCUUAUCUCUUUUUUCUGUGAACUAAGUUCCCUUGGCAGAAGUGAACUCUGUUGGCAUGUUUGAAAUCUUUCAGUGGUCUUGUGGAGCUCAAUAGCUCUAUGCACGUCGAAAUUUUGAAGCAAAUCGAUUCAAUGAUAUCGAAAGAUGUAACCGUAAUAUACUUUGUGGAUU